AUGUUCAGAUUCGCCGCUGCCCCAGCCAGAGCUGCCUUCAGACCUGUCGCCAAGAGAUCUUUCCAAACCUCCAGGGUUGUCAGAGGUGCCCACUUCGAAGAAGGUGUGUACUCCAACUUGCCAUUCAAGGUCCACAACAGAAAGAUUCCAUUCGCCAUUGUUUUCUUCGGUUUCUUUGGUCUUGGUUUCUCCUUGCCGCUUGUUGCCGUUUGGUGGCAAUUGAAGAAGUCUGGUGCUUUCAAGAACUAG